CUUACGUGCUUUGUUCCUCCGAACAUUCAAAGGGAGGAAAGGUCAAACCAAUGUGGCUGCGACCAAUAAAUAGUACAUGCCCAGAAAACGGGGAUUAUUCGUAAGCAAAGGCAGGGAGAAUGCCGAUCGGCGAGAUUGUUCUUUCAGCUUUCUUACAAGCUCUGUUCGAGAGGCUGAUGUCUCUCCCUUUCCAGGACUUCUUCAGGAGGCGAGAGAUGAACGAGAACAUACUCGAGAGGCUGAAUGUUGCGUUGCUAACGAUAAAUGUGGUCCUUAUCGAUGCAGAGGAGAAGCAGAUCACAAACCAAGGUGUCGAAAAAUGGGUCAAUGAGCUGAGAGAUUCCGUUUACCAUGCCGAGGAUGCUCUCGAUGAUGUUGCUACUGAAGUUCUGCGUGGAAAAUUGCAAGCUGAAUCUUUCAUCGCUAGGCUGAGACAGCUUCAAGGCAGAAGGUCACUGGGAGAUUUUCUUGAAUUUAACAGUGAGGAUUUGGAGGCUAAGCUCGAGAGGGUCACGAUGAGGCUCGAACGUUUAGCCUCGCAAAGAGAUGUCCUCGGCUUGAAAGAGAUAUCCACGAUGAAACCGAAACCAAGGCUGCCAACUACGUCGCUGGUAGAUGUAUCUGAAGUUUUCGGUAGGGAUAAUGAUAAGGAUAAGAUCAAGAGAUUCUUGAUACCGGAAAACGGGUUGGAUAGUGAAACAGCCAUCGUAGCCAUUGUCGGAGUAGGAGGGGUUGGCAAGACCACACUUGCACAGCUCUUGUACAACGAUUUUGACGUUCAGCGUCAUUUUAGGACAAGGGCUUGGGUUUAUGUCUCGGAGGAGUUUGAUGUUUUCAAGAUUACCAAGAAAGUCUAUGAGUCAGUCACUUCCCGACCUUGCGAUUUCACUGACCUGGAUGUACUUCAGGUUAAACUGAAAGAGAGAUUAAUGGGCAUACCAUUUCUUCUCGUACUGGACGAUCUGUGGAAUGAAAAUUUCGUUGAUUGGGAUCUUCUGCGUCAGCCCUUCAUAUCUGCCACUGGGGGAAGCCGGAUUAUCGUGACUACACGAAGCCAACAUGUUGUCUCGAUCACCCGUGCUGUCCACACACACAGUCUUCAACCUUUGUCUGAUGGAGAUUGCUGGUCGUUGUUUAUGAAACAUGUGUUUGGCAAUCGGGAACCGUGCCUAGAUCGAGAACUAGGAGGACUUGCUGAGAGGAUAGUGCACAAGUGUCAAGGCCUACCUUUGGCUGCAAAAACGCUCGGUGGUCUUUUACGGUUGGAAACCGAAGCUAAAGAGUGGGAGAGGAUCCUAACCAGCAGGAUCUGGGAUCUUCCUUCUGAUAAGAGCAACAUACUUCCAGUUUUACGAGUGAGCUAUUACUAUCUUCCCGCUCGCUUGAAACGUUGUUUUGCAUAUUGCUCGGUAUUUCCCAAAGGGCAUGCGUUUGAGAAGGAAAGAGUCAUUCUUUUGUGGAUGGCAGAAGGAUUAUUGCAUCAGACAAGAUGCAGAAAGAGUCUGGAAGAGCUUGGGGAUGAGUACUUUUCGGAAUUAGUUUCGAGGUCCCUGUUUCAACGAAAGAACAAGACGAGAUUCGUGAUGCACGAUCUUAUCAGUGAACUGUCUGAGUUUGCAUCUGGAGAGUUCUGUAUCAAGUACGGAGAUGACUGCAAACGUCUCCCGGCUUCAGAAAGGACGAGAUACUUAUCAUACCUUCGGGACUGUUAUGGUGAAUCUAUGGAGUUUGAGGCACUUCACGAGGCAAAGUUUCUCCGGACUUUUCUACCGCUGAGCCUAACAAACUCUUCUCGGUCCUGCUUCUUAGAUAAAAUGGUUAGCGAGAAAUUACUCCCGAACCUAACACGCUUGCGUGUUUUGUCUUUGUCGCAUUACAAGAUCACGAGGUUGCCAUCUGUUUUCUUCAGGAACAUGAGCCACGCCCGGUUCUUAGACCUUUCUUACACUGAACUCGAGAAACUUCCCAAAUCCGUUUGUGUUUUGUACAAUCUUCAGACACUUCUUCUGUCAUACUGUCCUAAUCUGACUGAGCUGCCUACGGACAUUUGCAACCUCAUCAAUCUGAGGUAUCUUGAUCUCGUCGGGACGAGGUUGAGAUUAAUUCCACGAAGAUUCGGUAGAUUGAAGAGCCUUCGGACUCUCACUACUUUUGUUGUGAGUGAUGGUGAUGGGGCAAGGAUUUGUGAACUCGGGGAUCUUACAGAGCUUCAUGGAAAACUCACAAUCCUUGAGCUUCAUAGAGUUGUGGAUAUUGCCGAAGCUUCAGGAGCAAAGUUAAACAGCAAGAAGCAUCUAAAGGAGAUAGAUUUUGUCUGGAGAGCACGAUCUGAUAGCUCGGAAAUCAACACAAAUCCUCACAGGAUGCAGAUUGAAGCUGAGGUCUUCGAGAUGUUGCGUCCACACCAUCAUAUCGAGAAACUCACCGUCGAGAGGUAUAACGGAAGAAAAUUCCCGGAAUGGAUUAGCGACCCUUCAUUCUCUAGCAUCGUGUUCUUACGUCUCGAUGAUUUCCGGAACUGUACAUCCUUGCCACCCUUCGGGCGACUUCCAGGUCUCAAAGAACUUCACAUCUCAAGAAUCAGAGGGCUGAGAAGCAUAGGUUCAGAAUUCUAUUUCGGAAAUUCUUCACCUCGUGAUCAAGAGAUACAGCCAUUUAGAUCGCUUCAGACAUUGCGAAUUGAUGACUUGCCAGAUUGGGAAGACUGGUUGGAUGUAAGGCUGGCAAGAGGAGAGCUGUUAUUCCCUUCUCUCCAGAAGCUAUUCAUUCUGAAAUGUCCUCAGCUUACGGGCUUUCUUCCGACCCGUCUUCCUGAUAUGAUCUCUCUUCACAUCCAUGGGUGCGAACAGUUGGAUUUUCAGCCCGACCACCAUGACCACAGCUACGAAAAGCUUCAACAGUUAAGCUUACGUAACAGCUGCGAAUCUCUGGUAACGUUUCCUCUCUGCCACUUUGCUAAACUCGAAGGACUUGAAAUCCACAACUGCAGAUCUCUGCAAUCUCUUCAGCUCUCGAACGAGCAUUUGCUCGGUCUCGGAGCUCUGAGAAGACUGAGAAUCAGUGACUGUCAGAAUCUGAUGCGUCUUCCCGAGAGGAAUUUCCCGCCUCCGGAGCUUCAAGUUACAAUCUCGAACUGCAGGAAUCUCAGACAGGCAAGGGAACAGCUUCAGUAUCCUCAGCCUCCUCUUCCAAGACCAAACAUGUCAGGUUCGAGGAGGUCUGACUCGUAUGGAAGCUAUGGUUCACCACCAUCAAGAUAUGAUUGACUCGAUGAUGAUGAUGAUGAUGAUUCAGUUUGUAUCUGUAUCUGUAAUGUUUUCGCCAUUGAUUUCUAUUUGAUUUUAUUUUGCAAUUGUAUGAGUAAUUAUACUAAAAAAUUAAUUUAUAUUUAAAUUGAUUA